AUGUCUCACGCAGAUCUAAUCAUCUUCGCGGUUGAUGUGAACUCCGAACUUGGGUAUGUUUUGCCCACAAAAAUCGUCAAUUCCAGCGAGUCGUUUGACGUUGGUCUUUUCCAAGAAACUUCAACUCUUUCCGCUGAGAAUGAAACUUUGGCGUCAGAUCAAAUAUAUGAUCCAUUGCGCACACCAGAUACUCCCAUUUCUGUGACUUCUGGAGAAGUCAUCACCGAUGAUGAGCGCGACGGACGGGAAAGCGUGGAGAGAGUGGACACGCUUCAUUUGUGUACUCCGCGAAGAUGCGACUGCACUGAUCAUGCAGCGGAUAAUUGGGGUAUAUACGAGGAAAAGGCUGUUCCCGUACACAGCCUCACGCAAGCGAAUCUGCAGCUGCUUAAGCAGGGUUCAUACGCUGCCAGUGAUACGGUCUUGGCGUCUUCUUCGCAGGAGGCAAGUACUACCACUUAUGUUGACGUUGUGGCAAACGAACUUUUCUCGCGCGAUGAGCUUCGAGAAUCACCAGGUUGGAUGGCAAGUGGAGAGGGAGAUCUAAUGUUUUCUUUUAUGGGUGGUUGGGCUGCGCAGUCGGUGUUGCAUGCUGUGGACGUGGCGGAAGAAGGCGAGUGUGUGUAUGGGACUUUCGUUGACGAGUAG